AUGCUUCUCUACGUCUCAAUAGUGACUACACCUUUCCCACUAACAAUCGGCCUUUCGUUGACCAUCUGCAGAACAUAUGACACACCCUCACAUAUCCUGCAAACUUUCAUACCGCAAUCUUCCCGCGAUGCUUACCUUGCCAUCCGUGCCUUCAAUGUCGACGUUGCCCGCGUCGCCGAUACGACCAGUACCCCCACCAUUGGCAUGAUGCGCAUGCAAUUUUGGCGGGAUACUAUAACCAAAGCACUUGCAGGAACCCCGCCAAAAGAACCAGUAGCCAUUUUGCUGGCACAAGCCGCGGAAGACUUGCAUGAGCGGUCCGACGGGAAAGCACGGUUGAGCAAGAAUUGGUUCCAUCGCAUCAUCAACACACGAGAACAGUAUCUAGGGAAUCCACCAUAUCCAACCUUGAGCACAUUGGAGAGCUAUGCAGAGAAUACGUACUCGACCAUGUUGUACCUUACCCUUUCUGCACUGCCGCAAGCAUCUCUUACAACUGAUCAUAUCGCAUCACACAUUGGAAAGGCAAUGGGUAUAGCGGCAGUGCUACGAGGCAUUCCUUUCAUCGCAUUCCCACAACAACAGGCACUCGGUACCAGCAAUUCCAUUACAGGCCAAUCAGGACCGGCCCAAGGCGCUGUUCUCCUUCCACUCGAUGUCAUGGCUGAAGCAUCCGUUAGAGAGGAAGAUGUAUUCCGACAAGGCGGUUCCGCCCCUGGUCUCCGCGACGCCAUCUUCACGGUAGCCACACGUGCAAAUGACCAUCUUAUUACAGCUCGAGAAAUGCUAAACAAGUUACGAUCCGAAGGGACACUCGGUCAUGACUUUGAGCAUCAGCACGAGGAGGACCAUCAGUAUAGUGUGCAGCAGAUGAACACUGGACAAGAGGCGCAGCUGGCAGAAGUCGAAAAAGCAUUUGGUGUUUUCAUGCCCAGCGUUGCGACGCAGGCAUGGCUGGAUAAGUUGCAAGGAGUUGAUUUUGACAUCUUUGACCCCUCUUUGAGGAAUUUGGAUUGGAAAUUGCCGAUGAAGGCUUACUGGGCGUACAAUCGACGGAAGCUAUGA